CCCAUUGGUCCGCGCCGCGCGAGGCAAGGGCAACUUUUUGGAGCGCACACACGCGGACGGCUUCAGUGCACGAGCCGCCUCGCCGCUGAGAACACUGCCGCCGCUGCGCCUCUGCUGGCUCGCUCACACCUUCGGCGCGUUUCAGAGUGAUGUCCCCCGCCGGCAGCGCUCUAGUUGAGAACCUGUAGCGAGAACGAGCCCCUCUCCCGCGCGUCCGCGUCGUCCCAGCGUGCGAGUAAUUAGUUAAUUUGCUCCAGGUGACACCUGGCCCGAGCUCGCCAGCUUGGCCGCGGCAGAGAGCGCGUGAGCGUCGCAGCGAGUUCCCAACUUCCUCCCUAACGCACGUGUGCAGCAUGUACAGCAUGAUGGAGCACGAGCUGAAGCCCACCGGCCAGCCGCCCUCCCACCAGGCCAGCCAGGGCAUGUCGCCGGUCACCGGCACCAUGACCGGGAGCAUGGGCUCCAACGGCGGCUCGCACCCCAGCUCCAAGACGGCGUGCGCACCCGGGAGCGACCCCAUGGAUAAGGUGAAGCGGCCCAUGAACGCGUUCAUGGUGUGGUCGCGGGGCCAGAGGCGGAAGAUGGCGCAGGAGAACCCCAAGAUGCACAACUCCGAGAUCAGCAAGCGGCUCGGGGCGGAGUGGAAACUUCUGACCGACGCCGAGAAGCGGCCGUUCAUCGACGAGGCCAAGCGGCUCCGCGCCGUUCACAUGAAGGAGUAUCCCGACUACAAGUACAAGCCGCGGCGCAAGACGAAGCCGCUGCUGAAGAAGGACGCGCAGGUGGGCAAGUACCCCCUGUCCGCGGGCAACCUGCUGGCGGCCGCGGCGCAGGGCCAGGGCGGCAGUCCCCGGAUGGAGAGCUACGGCUGGGGCCCCACCGGGGGCUACGCCGGCAUGCAGGGCGAGGCGCUCGGCUACAGCCAGCAGCUGCACCGGUACGACCUGUCCGCGCUGCAGUACCCGCCCGCCAUGAGCGCGGCGCAGACCUACAUGAACGGCGCCAACUCGUACAGCCCCAUGUCCUACAGCAGCAGCCCUCAGCAGCCCAGCCCCGUCACCAUGUCCAUGGUGAAGGCCGAGUCCGUGUCCCACUCCCCUCCAACCGGAACGCCCAACCACCACAGGGGGCCUUUGCAGGGCGACCUCAGGGACAUGAUCAGCAUGUACAUACCUGGACCGGGAGGGGACGGCAGCGACCCCAUGUCGGCGCAGAGGGGCUACACCAGCGUGCAGCAGCACUACCUCACAGGAACCGUCCCGCUGACUCACAUCUAGGACUCAAGUGGGAUCUCGGGGGGGUGAACUGAGCGGGAACGCCAGCGUUCCCUCCUGCUGCUCAGCUGGCUGGACGAGGGAGUCGGGCAUGGAGGGUUCAGGAAGUGGCAGGAACGCACAGGAAGUGAAGGGAAAACUGUCGCGCAGUUACAAAUGUGCCUGUUAAUUACAGACUGCAUGUUGAAUUACUGAAUGCUGUUUUUCUACCUCUAUGGCGUCGCGUCCGUUGAAAUAUAUGCCACACACACCACCACAUGUACAGGGCUGAGACUCCACCCUGACUACCGCUCUCCAGCAGUCCACACGGCGGAGACUUUACUGUGUACAUACUAGGGAAUGUUACUUUGUCAUUUUCACAGCGUAUUCUUAAUAAGUCAAAGGACUACUUAACACCACCAAAACACUUGUGACACUGGCACUCGCGACGGAUCCUGAGCAGAGCCGCUGCUGUUGGGCCGAACAGACACAAAUGCACAACUUGAAUAUUAGUUUUUUUUUUUUUUUUUUUUAAGAAUGAUCUCUUUGUGCCUUGGCUUUGGUUUAGUAGUCAUGUGUUUUUAUUUUUUUAUUUUGACCGUUGGAUUGCACGGAAAACACCUGUUGGACAAUCAACAUGGCAUCAACAGGAAUGGUGCAGAGGUGGCUCUUGUGGCUUAGAACGUGGAACCGCGUUGGUUCCGUCCUCGUGCUCCGUCACAGCAGAUCAAUGGGAUCGCGAGUGGGUCUCAGAAGGUGAACGACUCUUUGUGCUUCCUGCAGGAGUUCCACUUGUUGGAAGUAGUUUUUAGAUUUGAGCUUUUGAUGUAAAUGUUGGGAUGCGUAGAUCCGGCGGCGUCCCGAGCUGAUAACUGUUUUCAUUGUCACUUUGCAGUAAGCAGGAGUUGUCGUUUUUGAGGCUCUGCAAUAAGGGAAUGAAAUUGAAUAUAAAGUGCCCACAUGUCCGUUGUUUUAUUCCAAAUAGCAGAUGAAGACGUGUCUUCCAGGCAUCCUGGGCUGAUUUGGGGGUUGUUUUAGCGUUUUAUUCACCAGUAAACAGAAUGUAUCAAAGUUUCAGAAAACCCAUUCAUCAACUCAUUACAAUAAUAAACCCAUUUUAAUGGCGGUUGCCAGUCAACUGUCUAACCUGCUAUCUGGUUAUUAGUGCUGCUAUGGACCUAAAGGGAACUCUCAACUUCAAAAAGUGAACGUGCACUGGAACAGACGCCUGAAUUAUUGUUUUUAGGAAAAGGGAGAGCAGUUCUAUUGAAGUAGUACAUGAAUGUUUACUUUGCUACCCGAGUAUUUGAAGACUUAACUUUUAUACUGACUUGUAUCUCUAUUUUUAGAAUGAAUUGUCUUGUAUGUAAAUGCUGCCAUGUACUAGAGUUACUGUAUGUAGCAUUUAUGUAAAUACUGUGUACAUUUUUAGGCUCUUAUACUAAGAGCCUUGAUCCAUUUUGAUUAAAAAACUUUGUUAUGGCAUUCAUGACAAUAUUAAUAAAAAGUACAAACCAC